CUCUUUUCCUCCUUUAACAACCCAGUCGUUUACAAGACAACUUGUAAUCACCACCUCUUCCCUUAAUCCCCCUCACAUCCAGCAAGCCCUCAACAGCGGCCACUACCCUCGACCCAACAACAACAUCCACAACUUUCACAAUCCCUACAAGCAACAUGUCCGUUUCGUACGAAGAGAUGGAGGCCAAGCGCCAGGAGAUGGUCGCCUCCUUCAAGGAGAUCGCUAGCGCCAUGACCCGCUGCGUCGCCAUCAUUGAGGACUAUGCCAGACUGUCGCCCUCGACCCUCACCACCACUGCCGCUCUCGCUGCCGUCGAGAACGGUGCGCUCGCCCUCGGCGCCCUUGAGGCUGUCGCCGGCGGCAAGAAGCAGCGCGUCAAGAAGGAGAAGAAGCCCAAGGACCCCAACGCCCCCAAGCGUCCUCCCUCGGCCUACCUCCUUUUCCAGAACGACGUUCGUGAGAGCAUCCGCCAGGCCAACCCCGGCAUGCCCUACAAGGAGAUUCUGAGCGUCAUUGCCAACCGCUGGAAGGACCUCUCGGACUCGCAGCGCAAGGUCUACGAGGAUGCCUACAACGACGCCACCACCCAGUUCCGUGCCGCCGACGAGGCCUACAAGACCCUUGGUGUGCCCGCCACCCUUGCCGGCGUUGCCGACUCUGACGAGGACGACGACACUGACGCGACUCCUCCCCCUGCCCCCAAGCCCGCAGCUGUCACCCCUACGCCCAAGAAGGGCGACAAGAAGCGCAAAAAGGAUGACGCUCCUGUCACCCCUGUUGUCGACGCCGGCGCGGACAAGAAGAAGGCCAAGAAGAAGUAAACUUCUUUGACUUUGCUAUUGUUCUCCCUUCUUGGUCGUCUCUCUGUCUACGGGUGUAGCGUUGUGUGCGGUGUCGUGUGUGUGUCGAAAAGUGUGACGAGCGUGAUGUGAGCCGAGUCGGUGUUAUACCCCGUCUUCCUUCCUCCCCAACCACCAUCGUUAAUAGUAUCUCUCUCCUCUCUCCUCUCUCCACCUUCGCCUUUUGAUUUGUCUAUUGCCCUAUUCUAUCCCCGUUUUUGCAAUAAGCGAUUUUAAACCUAGAGUGCGAUUAACGCUCAACGCUCUCUCUGUUG